AUGCUGCUUGUCCAGGUCAGCUCCCGGCCCCAGCCCUCAUUCAGCAGCUGCUCCCGGCUGGCGCAGAACAGCUGCAUAGCAGACAAGGGCCCUGGCUCUCAGCAGAGCUGGAGCUGCAGUGCACUGGCGAGUGGCUCUGCCGGGCUGUCACUCAACGCCCCUCCGCCAAGCCUGCCCUCCUUCCCACACUGCUCCCUUGUGAAUUGGACUGUGCUGCAGGGAAGAAUUGGGCGCCCAGAGAACCCGUUCCGAGUGGCCCUGGAAUAUAUCUCAAAUGGAAACCGAAGCUUAUCUGCAGUGGACUUCUUUGCCCUAAAGAACUGCAGUGAAGGAACAUCCCCGGGCUCCAAGAUGGCCUUGCAGAGUUCCUUCACUUGCUGGAAUGGGACAGUCCUUCAGCUCGGGCAGGCCUGUGACUUCCACCGGGACUGUGUCCAGGGAGAAGACGAGGGCCAGCUGUGCCGUAAACUCCCUGCUGGUUUUUACUGUGACUUCGAGGAUGGCUUCUGCGGCUGGACCCAAAGCUCACCAUCACCCCACAUGCCCCAGUGGCAAGUCCGGACCUUAAAGGAUGCCCGGUUCCAGGACCAUCAAGGCCAUGCCCUACUGCUCAGCAUCACUGACGCCCCCACCUCUGAAAAUGCCACAGUGACCAGCGCUGCAUUUCCCGCGCCCAUGAAGAACUCUCCGUGUGAGCUCCGAAUGUCCUGGCUCAUCCGUGGAGUCCUGCAGGGAAAUGUCUCCUUGAUGCUGGUGGAGAACAAAACCGGGAAGGAACAAAGCCGAAUGAUCUGGCAUGUUGCCACCCUGGAAGGCUUGAGCCUGUGGCAGUGGACGGUGCUGCCUCUCCUCGAGGUGGCUGACAGGUUCUGGCUACAGAUUGUGGCGUGGUGGGGACAAGGAUCCAGAGCCACGGUGGCCUUCGACGACAUCUCCGUCAGCCUGGACUGCUACCUCACCAUCAGCGGGGAGGACAAGAUGCCACAGAACACGGCACCCAAGUCAAGAAAUCUGUUUGAGAGAAACCUGAACAAUGAGCUGAAACCCUGGGUGAACCCAUCGAAAGAAACCCCCAUCUUUGACCCUACAGUUCACUGGCUGUUCACCACAUGCGGGGCCAGUGGGCCCCAUGGCCCCACGCAGGCCCAGUGCAACAACGCCUACCGGAACUCCAACCUGAGUGUGGUGGUGGGGAGCGAGGGCCCCCUGAAGGGCAUCCAGACCUGGAAGGUGCCAGCCACCGACACCUACAGCAUCUCCGGCUAUGGGGCGGCUGGUGGGAAAGGUGGGAAGAACACCAUGAUGCGGUCCCAUGGCGUGUCUGUGCUGGGCAUCUUCAACCUGGAGAAGGACGACACGCUGUACAUCCUGGUCGGGCAGCAAGGGGAAGAUGCCUGCCCCAGCACAAACCGAUUAAUCCAGAAAGUCUGCAUUGGAGAAAACAACGUGAUAGAAGAAGAAAUCCGCGUGAACAAAAGUGUGCACGAGUGGGCAGGAGGGGGCGGAGGAGGGGGAGGAGCCACCUACGUGUUUAAGAUGAAGGAUGGCGUGCCGGUGCCUCUGAUCAUUGCGGCCGGUGGUGGUGGCAGGGCCUAUGGGGCCAAGACAGACACGUUCCACCCAGAGAGACUGGAGAAUAACUCUUCAGUCCUAGGGCUGAACGGCAAUUCUGGAGCUGCAGGUGGUGGAGGUGGCUGGAGUGAUAACACUUCCUUGCUCUGGUCUGGAAAAUCUUUGCUGGAAGGUGCCACCGGAGGACAUUCCUGCCCCCAGGCCAUGAAGAAGUGGGGGUGGGAGACAAGAGGGGGUUUCGGAGGGGGUGGAGGGGGGUGCUCCUCCGGUGGAGGAGGCGGAGGAUAUAUAGGUGGCAACGCAGCCUCAAACAAUGACCCCGAGAUGGACGGGGAGGACGGGGUUUCUUUCAUCAAUCCACUGGGCAUCCUGUACACCCCGGCUUUAAAAGUGAUGGAGGGCCACGGGGAAGUGAACAUUAAGCAUUACCUAAACUGCAGCCACUGCGAGGUAGAUGAGUGCCACAUGGACCCCGAGAGCCACAAAAUCAUCUGCUUCUGCGACCAUGGGACCGUGCUGGCCGAGGACGGUGUCUCCUGCAUUGUGUCGCCCACCCCGGAGCCCCAUCUGCCACUCUCACUGAUUCUCUCUGUUGUGACCUCUGCCCUGGUGGCCGCCCUCGUCCUGGCUUUCUCCGGCAUCAUGAUCGUGUACCGCCGGAAGCACCAGGAGCUGCAAGCCAUGCAGAUGGAGUUGCAGAGCCCGGAGUACAAGCUGAGCAAACUCCGCACCUCCACCAUUAUGACCGACUACAAUCCCAACUACUGUUUUGCCGGCAAGACCUCCUCCAUCAGUGACCUGAAGGAAGUGCCACGGAAAAACAUCACCCUCAUCCGGGGUCUGGGCCACGGCGCGUUUGGGGAGGUGUAUGAAGGUCAGGUGUCUGGAAUGCCCAAUGACCCCAGCCCCCUGCAAGUGGCUGUAAAGACGCUGCCGGAGGUGUGCUCCGAACAGGACGAACUGGAUUUCCUCAUGGAAGCCCUGAUCAUCAGCAAAUUCAACCACCAGAACAUCGUGCGCUGUAUUGGCGUGAGUCUGCAAGCCCUGCCCCGAUUUAUCCUGCUGGAGCUCAUGGCAGGAGGAGACCUCAAGUCCUUCCUCCGGGAGACACGCCCCCGCCCGAACCAGCCCUCCUCCCUGGCCAUGCUGGAUCUCCUGCAUGUGGCUCGGGACAUCGCCUGCGGCUGUCAGUAUCUAGAGGAGAAUCACUUCAUCCACCGGGACAUUGCUGCCAGGAACUGCCUCUUGACCUGCCCAGGCCCUGGAAGAGUGGCCAAGAUUGGAGACUUCGGAAUGGCCCGUGACAUCUACAGAGCAAGCUACUACCGAAAAGGAGGCUGUGCAAUGCUGCCAGUCAAGUGGAUGCCCCCAGAGGCCUUCAUGGAAGGAAUAUUUACUUCUAAAACAGACACGUGGUCCUUCGGAGUGCUGCUAUGGGAAAUCUUCUCUCUUGGAUACAUGCCAUACCCUAGCAAAAGCAACCAGGAAGUCCUGGAGUUCGUCACCAGUGGAGGACGGAUGGACCCACCUAAGAACUGCCCGGGGCCUGUAUACAGGAUAAUGACCCAGUGCUGGCAACAUCAGCCUGAAGACAGGCCCAACUUUGCCAUAAUUUUGGAGAGGAUUGAAUACUGCACUCAGGACCCAGAUGUGAUCAACACCUCUUUGCCCGUAGAAUACGGGCCCCUCGUGGAAGAGGACGAGAAGGUGCCCAUGAGACCCCAGGACCCCGAGGGAAUCCCUCCUCUCCUGGUCUCGGCGGCCCAGGCCAAGCGAGAGGAGGGCCGCGAGCCGACCGCCCCCGCCGCUCUGCCCUCGGCUCCGCCGGGCAAGGCCGGCAAGAAGCCCGCGGCCGCGGAGGCCUGUGUCCGAGGCGGCACCCGGCCGCCGGGCGUGGACGGGGGACACGUCAACAUGGCCUUCUCACAGUCCAACCCGCCUUCGGAGCUGCCCCAAGUCCAGGGCUCCAGGAACAAGCCCACCAGCCUCUGGAACCCCACCUACGGCUCCUGGUUUACAGAGAAACCCACCAAAAAGAACACUCCACCGGCCAAGAAGGAGCAGCGCGAGCGGGGGCCCCCGGGCGGCGAGGGCGCCCGUGCAGUCCCGGCCCCCGCGCCCGCCGCCCGCCGCCCGGGCGCCUCGCUGCUCCUCGAGCCGUCGGCGCUGACCGCCAGCCUGCGGGACGUGCCCCUGUUCAGGCUGCGCCACUUCCCGUGCGGCACCGUCAACUACGGCUACCAGCAGCAGGGCUUCCCCCCGGAGGCCGCCCCCGGCCCGGGCCGCUACGAGGACCCCGCGCCCAAGAGCCAGCCUGCGCCCUGA